AUGUCCUUCUUUUCAAACGUACUAUUUGGUAGUGUAAAGGAAAGCGAUGACCCAACAGGGCUCUCCGGAAAUACACCAAUGGCUGAAGCCACAAAUGAACCGAUAGUGGAAGGUGUUUUCUAUCCAAGAACUUUAUAUAGAUUCAAUGGUCAUGACGAUGAAAAGAUAUUUAUUGCUGUUUUGGGUAAAGUUUACGAUUGCACAGCUGGAAGAUCGUUUUACGGACCAAGUGGACCAUACUCUAAUUUUGCGGGAAGAGAUGCCUCUAGAGGUCUAGGUCUAAACUCAUUCGACAUGGAAUGUGUGAGAGAUUGGGAUCAACCUAUUGAUGAUUUGUCAGAUUUGCCACCUCAAGCAGUUGAUGCUGCAAGAGAAUGGCAGGAUUACUUUGCCAAAAAAUAUCCCUGUAUCGGGACUCUUGAGCCUGAAGCCGGUGUUAACUAUUAG